AUGACCCAUACGGUUGUACACGAGGCCAACGGCGUCACCCCACGUCACACUCCAAAAGAGUUUUAUGCCCGGCAGCCUGCCAAGGGCCACAUUGAGUCCUUGGAGCAGUACCAACAGAUGUACCAACAAUCCAUUAAUGACCCAGAGGCUUUUUUUGGUCCCAUGGCCAAGGAAUUGUUGCACUGGGAUAGACCAUUCACCAAGGUCAAGGCUGGCGGUCUUGCCCAUGGUGAUCCACAAUGGUUUAUCGGUGGUGAAUUGAACGCAUGCUACAACUGUGUUGAUCGUUGGGCCUAUGCUCACCCAGACAAGCCUGCACUCAUUUACGAGGCUGAUGAUGAGAAGGACUCCCGUACCCUCACGUAUGGUGAACUUUUGCGCGAGGUCAGUGCUGUUGCUGGUGUUUUGCAGAGCUGGGGUGUUACCAAAGGCGACAAUGUUGCCAUUUACUUGCCUAUGAACGCUCACGCUGUUGUGGCCAUGUUGGCCGUGGCUCGUUUGGGUGCUGUACACCUGGUGAUCUUUGCUGGUUUCUCUGCUGGAUCCAUCCGCGACCGUGUGAAUGAUGCUGGAUGCAAGGCUUUGAUUACUUGUGACGAGGGUAAGCGUGGUGGUAAGACCAUCAACAUCAAGAAGUUAUGUGACGAGGCUUUGCAAUCGUGCCCAUCAGUGGAAAAGGUGUUGGUUCACCGCAGAACAGGUAACCCUGACAUUGCGACUGUUGCUGGUCGUGACUUCUGGUGGGAUGAGGAAACUGCCAAGUUCCCAGGUUAUCUUCCACCUGUGUCUGUCAACGCUGAGGACCCAUUGUUCUUGUUGUACACUUCGGGCUCUACCGGCUCUCCAAAGGGUGUGGUUCACACUACUGGUGGUUACUUGCUUGGUGCAGCUAUGUCCACCAAAUACGUUUUUGAUGUGCAUUCCCUGGAUGUUGUCUUUACUGCAGGUGAUGUUGGCUGGAUCACCGGCCACACCUAUGCCCUUUACGGUCCUCUCCUUUUGGGUGUCCCAACGGUGGUGUUCGAAGGUACACCUGCUUACCCUGACUACGGUCGUUUGUUCCAGAUCAUCGAUAAGCACCGCGCAACACACUUUUACAUCGCUCCUACUGCGUUGCGUCUUUUGAGAAAGGCUGGCGAACACGAGAUUGAAAAGUACGACUUGACAUCGUUGAGAACCUUGGGUUCCGUCGGUGAGCCUAUUUCCCCAGACAUUUGGGAGUGGUACCAUGAAAAGAUUGGCCGUGGCCAGUGUCACAUCUCGGACACUUACUGGCAGACAGAGAGUGGUUCGCACUUCAUUGCUCCACUCGCUGGUGUUACACCCAACAAGCCUGGCCUGGCCUCUUUGCCUCUCUUUGGUAUUGACGCAUGCAUCAUCGACCCGGUGUCGGGCCACGAAGUCAAGGGCAAUGAUGUAGAGGGUGUUUUGGCGAUCAAGAACACAUGGCCAUCUAUGGCACGUUCUGUGUACCGUAAUCACCAAAAGUACAUGGACACCUACUUGAAACCAUACCCUGGCUACUACUUCACAGGUGACGGUGCUGCGCGUGAUCAUGAUGGCUACUACUGGAUCCGUGGCCGUGUGGAUGACGUUGUCAAUGUGUCGGGACAUCGUUUGUCUACAGCCGAGAUUGAAGCUGCUUUGAUCGAACACCACGGUGUUUCUGAAUCGGCUGUGGUUGGUAUCAAUGAUGACUUGACCGGUCAGGCUGUUGUUGCGUUUGUUGCGUUGAAGGACGAAGUUGCCGAUGCCAUCAAUGGCAACGAGACUUCUGAGGAGGCGUUCGCUUUGCGUCGUGAGUUGGUGUUGGUGGUUCGUAAAGAGAUUGGACCAUUUGCGGCACCAAAGUCUGUGAUCAUUGUCCAGGACUUGCCAAAGACACGUUCUGGUAAGAUCAUGCGCCGUAUCUUGCGUAAGAUCUCGUCAAAUGAAGCUGACCAGUUGGGUGACAUCCUGACAUUGGCUAACCCACAAUCUGUUGCGGGUAUCAUUGACUCGUUCGCUGCGCAAUUUGGCAAGAAGUAA